AUGUUUUUGGACGACCUGGCCCCGCUGAAAACAGAAGCACGGGGCAAGGUGUGCGAUGUUGUUCGACACAUCGUCACGGGACGGCUUCGUGAGUGGAAUGUGCGGCCGGAUCCUCCACCGAGACAUCCGGAGUUGUGGAAGCUGAGCGUUGAGGCCACGAAGGUGACCAACGGUGCUUUUUUGGUCUGGUGGGUGCAACUACGACCCGAGGGCAGCACAGCGGAGCAAGUCGUGGUGAUCUCCCGGCUGUGCAAGGCUGGUGAUCUGAAGGACGCACAGGAGGCGGCGGAGACUUUCCUGCGGACAUUCUCGGACGAUGCCUUGAGCUUGGCCCUGUCCCGGGACGUCGAUGGCAAAGUCAAGCCAAGGACGGUGACGCUACCAAGAUCCUUCCGCCUCCGCCGGAACAUAGCCGAGGUCAUGGGAAGCAGUGGUAGGCGCCCCAUCUCCCUUCAGAAGCGCCACAGGAUCACGGAUAUUCAUCUGAAGAUGUUGAAGGAGCACAGCCUCCGGAGCCUGCAGCUACCAUAUGUGCUGGACUCUGAUGAGGAGGCGGCCUUGCACAAGGUUAUCCACGAGCCUUUGUUCCUCCUGGGCCGCUCUGGCAGUGGGAAGACAAGCGUGCAGACGCACGCGCUGUAUUGCUGGCACAAAGCCCCGUUGGCGUGGUUCGAAGAUGCGGCUGAAAAGGCGGGCCCCGUGAUGCUGGUUACACGCUCUCCGCUGCUGGCAUCAGCGAUCCAGAGGUGUUUCCAGCAGAUGUGUGCAGCCCUUUCAGCCCUUCGAGCGGCCGGUGGUGAAGGCGCAGUACCGCAGACAGGAGCACAGGAGGUGGAGCUCGGUGUCACAGAAGACACAGAUGCAUUCGACAAGAUGCCACGGUCCUUCCGGAAGGAAGACUGCGAUGCGGACGAGCGGGUCCUCAUCGCCAGCUGGGGCUCUUUCUUGAUGACGGCCGAUGCAUCCCUUCCUGGAGACCGAUUCUUCAACCACGGCGCCGGAGAGGAAGGAAAGGUGGAGAGAGCCCUGCGCAAAGCGAAAGGCACGCUGAUGGCACAGGACCGCUUCCCCCAUUUGCCUGGAGAUGGGCGCUACCUCCUCGACGAGGAGAUGACGUACGAGUAUUUUGAAAACACCUGCGGCCCCAAGCUCAUCGGGCGCUUGGAAAAGAGCGAUUCCCUGUACGUGGUCUACAAGGAGAGAUGCUGGAAGCUCCGGAAGCUGCUUUGCGAACCAAGUCCUGAGAUCAUGACUGUGAUCCGUGGGAGCCUCCACGCCGUGCGUUCUUCGGGCGGGCACCUCACGCGGACGGAAUAUGUCUCCGGCUACGAUUCUUCAGGAGAGCGUUUGGCGGAGCUCCGCGAUUCCAGCAUCAAAGAGGAGUCGGUGAGAUCCCGAAUCUACGAUGCCUUCGAGUUGUACGAGAAGUUCAAGGCAACUUGCCCGAAGUACGAUCGGGUUGACCCUGUACGAAGCAUCACCCAGAGGGCGAAGAAGUUCCGGCGCCCCGCGAGAGCAGUGGCCCUCCACAUGCUGUCGGCGGUGUUCGUCGAUGAGGUUCAGGAUCUACUGCCAGCAGAGAUCCUCCUCUUACGACUGUUUUGCCAGUCCAACACAGCCUGGGUUUUCGCCGGCGACACUGCCCAGACGAUCAGCAAAGGGGUGGAUUUCCGCUUUGAGAGCAUCCGGCGCCUAUUUUACGAGGAGUUCUUGGCCGGGAAAGACUGGGAGGAGGACAAGGUACACGUGGAGGUGGAGUCAUGCUCAUUCUGCAAGAAGCAAAUCACAGAAGACGGCGGGGUGAGGAUGGAAUGCAACUCUCAUUUUGUGGCACACAAUAAGGUACUUUGCGGCAAGGAGGCCUGCAGAAGGGCUUUGGAGAAGCAGUGCGAAGAUGCUUUGAAAGGUGCUUCUGCUGGUGGCCGUAAGAAGGCUGAGUGGGCGCAGGCUCGCAGCCGCCUGAGCUGCCCUCUGCCUGGUUGUGGCAUGUACAUGAAGGAGACUUCGAUUGCGCCGCCUCCAAUCAAAGAUGAGGGGCCGACUUCGUCUUCAUCCGUCGCUAUUAGGCAGUCGUUCGGCUCCAUCCCCGGCAUACAUCACCUCACUUUCAACCAUCGCAGCACAAGGGGUAUACUGGAGCUGGCGGCCUCCAUUAUCGAUCUCCUGGUGCAGCUGUUCCCAGAGAAGAUCGACCAGUUGCCGCGUGAGGUCUCCACGGUUGAUGUACCCCUCAAACCUGUGUUCAUCUGUGGCGUACCGUUUGAGGAGACUUUGGACAUCAUCUUCAGGCAGAACCAGAAUCAGCAGCAGCAAGUCCUGGAGUUUGGGGCCCAACAGGCUGUCCUUGUCUGGAGCGACGAGGCCAAGCAAGCUGUGAAGGCUCGAUUCCCGAUGUCGAUCGUGAUGAGCAUCCAUGAUGCGAAAGGCCUGGAUGUUCUCAUGGCUAACCCUUUCAGCGACAUGAUGGUUGCCAGCGACUAG